AUGGUGCGGGCCUACCUGCCGGAAGAGGACUUCAAAGCUAUGUCCUACUGGCAACAAUGGGAUGAGGUCGUGAAGAUGAUCUUCGAGGUCGGCGGCUUGCCUGCUUUACCGGCCACCAUGAUGCACCUAGUUUGGAACUUGCUCCAAAUGUGCUUGUGGUAUGCCACUGCUCGCGCAUUCCCCUCGGCCGACGGGUUCUACUUCGGCUUCCUCCGGAAUGCCCUCAUGGGCCACUUCUUGUUCGAGUUCCUAUCUUGGACAGGUACGUACUCAGGGCCGCUGAUGGGGAACAUCAACCCACCCUUCCCCUGGACCCGGAUGCGCUUCAUCCGCGGAACCAUCAAGGAGCCCUUCUUCCAGUGCCUGGGCUACAAGCGAACCUGGCUGGACGUUUUCGUGUGCUCCGCGGUGGUGCCCAUCAUGAUCUUUCUCCUGGUCACCCCGGAUGCCGGAGUUUGGGAGGCUCUCUGGCCCGCCUGCGUUUGGACGCUCUUCAUCCUGGACUACUCCUGCUACACAGGCUUUUUCGGUGCCUGGCAUGGGCCUGUCUCCUUGGUCUUUGGAUCAAGGGCUUUCUUCGGCCCCCAGGGGACGAAUGCUGGGCUACAGCUAGUCCUGGUGAUGACCUGGAUCGGCAGUGGUGUCGCCAAGCACGGGGACUGGUUCGUGGUGAACUUUGCGGCCGAGUGGGUGCUGCCCUACAUCUUUGCAGGAAGCCGCUUCUGGCAAAAUCUCAUCUACAAGGACAUCCCAGGAGGGGACUGCACCCCGACGCGACUGGCAGCUGUCUUGGGCUAUAUGGCUGCGAUACUGGAGUGGGCGGGUCCCUUAUUCCUGCUCUUCGCUCCUUUCUGUGGAUCCUAUCAGGUUUCCCUGACCCUACUAGGGCUGGGACUCAUGGUUCUGAUGCACAUCUACAUCAUCGUCCACCUGCCCUUCAUUGACGUUUUUGCCAUCAACUUGAUCCCAAUCCUCUGGUCCAUCUAUUGCUUCUGGUUGACCAGCGUAGGUUUCGAUUAUGCGGACUUGUGGCAAAUGCCCUUGCCUUUGAAACUCUGCUUUGUGGGCUUUGCUCUCCAAACCGUCUAUGGGCAGAUUUACACUGACCAGGUGUGCUACCAGAACUGUUACCGCUUCUGGUCCGGUAACUUCUCCUUUUCCUGGUUCCUGAUGACCGACUCCGCCAUAGAAAAGAUGAAGAGCCGCGUGAUCUCCACAGCAGUCUUCCCGCCUUCCGAAGACUUGAAAGCCUCCGGCCUCAUGGCGGAGUGGGAGUGCGACUUCUUCGCUUUUUUUGCUGUGGGACUGCUUUGGGCCAUAAUGCCCUCUCAGCGGCUCUUGCCGCUCAUGGUGCACGAGGUCAGGUGCUCAAGAAAGGAAAUACAAAAGCCAUCCCAAAAAAGACAGGGCUCGGGUCCCGGGUUUAGGGAGACCUUUUUGGUGGGGGUCUUGGGCGCUUCCGCAUCCCCCCCAAAUGAUACUACCAUACGAUUGUAG